GCCGUGUGCACCGACCACUCUCGAGCGCCCCGGCGGGAGGUUUGUCUAUAUGAGUAGAGAAGACAAUUGUUGCAAGUAGAAGUGGUGUAACAUUUUUUUAGGAUGUCUGAAGAUGAAGAAAAAGUGAAAUUACGCCGUCUUGAACCAGCUAUCCAGAAAUUUAUUAAAAUAGUAAUCCCAACAGACCUGGAGAGGCUAAGAAAGCACCAGAUAAAUAUUGAGAAGUAUCAGAGAUGCAGAAUCUGGGACAAGUUGCACGAAGAGCAUAUCAAUGCAGGACGUACAGUUCAGCAACUCCGCUCCAAUAUCCGAGAAAUGGAGAAGCUUUGUCUGAAAGUCCGAAAGGACGACCUCGGACUUCUGAAGAGAAUGAUAAACCCUGUUAAAGAAGAAGCAUCAGCAGCAACAGCUGAAUUUCUCCAACUCCAUCUGGAAUCUGUAGAAGAACUUAAGAAACAAUUUAAUGAUGAAGAAACUUUAUUACAGCCUUCUUUGACCAGAUCUAUGACUGUUGGUGGAGCCUUUCACGCCACUGAAACUGAAGCUGAUCCUCAGAGUAUGACUCAGAUAUAUGCGUUGCCUGAAAUUCCUCGAGAUCAAAAUGCCGCAGAAUCAUGGGAAAUUUUAGAAGCGGACUUAAUCGGACUUAGUCAACUGGUCACAGAAUUCUCUCUCCUAGUGAAUUCUCAGCAGGAGAAGAUUGACAGCAUUGAAGACCAUGUCAACAGUUCUGCUGUGAAUGUUGAGGAGGGAACCAGAAACUUGGGGAAGGCUGCAAAAUACAAGCUGGCAGCUCUGCCUGUGGCAGGUGCACUCAUCGGAGGAGUGGUGGGAGGUCCGCUUGGCCUCCUUGCAGGCUUCAAAGUGGCAGGAAUUGCAGCUGCACUUGGUGGCGGGGUGUUGGGCUUCACAGGUGGAAAAUUGAUACAAAGAAAGAAACAGAAAAUGAUGGAGAAGCUCACUUCCAGCUGUCCAGAUCUUCCCAGCCAAACUGACAAAAAAUGCAGCUAAAAACCAAACUUAAGGAUUGUUGGUGCCAACACGUCCAUCCUAAUGAGACCUUUGCUGCUGUUGGACACUCAGUCAGCAUUUGGAACGUGAUUCCAUUCAGAUAGUGGCUGUAGAUGCUCCAGCGGGGUGGAGCUGUGAUAAGUGGAUGCGUUUUGUUGUUUGCUGGGGUGUUAAUGGAGAUGGUAGAGAUUGAAGGGCCUGGGCUGAGGGUGUUCGUCAGGUAAAGUUUAAAGACUGCCAGGGAGCAGAUUUUCUGCCUGGACAUGUGAAAACUGAACCCAUGAACUUCAAUAAGGAUAUGAGAUGCAUGGACACGUUGGGUUAUGGAAGAAUAGUUUCUUUCCUAACCCAGACUUGGAGACCCUAAGGCUUCGCAUAUUAUAAAUAUGCUUAUUUAUCUCCUAAAUAGAGGCGUAUUUAGGCCCGUUAGCAAAGAAUGGGAGUUCAAGACCUUAUCAAAUAGGGAAAUCAGAGUCUAGGGAGGGCACAGUGAGCUGCGGAACGGAGCCCGUUUGGUGAGCCCCGUUGCAUUGUGGUCCAUCUACAAUAUAUUUGCUGGCGAAGGAAAUUAACAGCGUAAGAAAAUGGAAAGAAAGGCCCAACUUCUCUUUCAAAUACCUUAAUCUGUGACACCGGCUCCUUCUCUGAACUCUUCCUCUCUUUAGAUAAAGAAUCCGAAGUGGUAGGAGACAGUGUUACUAAGCCAAUCGCCAAGCUCACGCUGUCAACCUGUAUCUUAAUACCUCAAAGAUCUAGUACCCUCUGCUUUCCUUCCCUUGUAAUUUUUUUUUUUUUUUUUUUUUUG